AUGGCCCGGCUCUCCGGUCUUCAGCGGGAGGUCUUGUCCCUCUACCGAAAGUGUCUACGUGCAAUCCGCCAGAAACCUCUGGAAUCAAGAAGCAAUUUCCAAAAUUAUGCUAGGGCGGAGUUCCAAAAGCACCUCUCGGUGAAUAAAAAGGACUUUGGCGCCAUCGAGUAUCUCCUGCGCAAGGGCCACCGCCAGCUCGAGAUGUACGCUUCUCCGGGAAUUCGUAAUAUUCGAUGA